AUGAUACUGUACAUCACUCAUGGGUCCCGCAGGUCCACCAGGAGCACAGAGGAACCCAGGAGCUCCAGGGUGACCAUGGCUAUAUCGGUUCUACUGGUGGACGUGGGCGCCCAGAUUUUGGGGUCAAAGGUGAUAAUGGUAAUGCAGGGCCACCUGGAUCACCUGGACCAACAGGACUGCCCGAGAGGGGGCUUCAAGGAGAGAAAAGCGCGUCCUGUGCUGCAGUAUCAUCCAGUGAGAGGAACAGAACCUGAGGGCUGGACGGCAGGUACUCCAGCAGAUCAGACAGAGACUCGUUCCACGUCCACAGACACCCCAGAAGGGCGGAUUUAUUCCUUGAGUGCCACAGACCUGCUGACUGCACAGACAUCAACGCAUCAUGAAGACCUGUCUGCAUAUUCUUCUGCGUCCACAAAUAUUUUGUGCCACAACUUCAAUCCUGAUGGAGACAAUUGGAUGAAUGACAGGUAUCCAAAUGAGGCAAAUUUAUCAGAGUCUGAACUAUUACAGAGAAUGCUGAAAAGUGUGAACCGAGCACUUGGACUACAACAGUAUUUUGGUCUAAUGGGGAAAAGAUCAUCUGCAAAAUCACAGAUAACGCGGAGACGGCAGAAGUUUCAGACAUUUGUUGGUCUAAUGGGAAAACGGAAUAUGAUUGAACCAGGUGAGUCAGUCAGUUUUGUUUUCAUGAUUUGUGCUGUGCAACACAAAAUAAUGUUUAAGGGGUGACAUUCCAUUGCAUUUGAUAAUCUGAUGCAUUCUGUUACCACCUUUCAAUAGA